AUGGACGAGAAAGACGGCAACGCAGGUGGAUGGACCGUUGUCCUUCUUCGGAGAGCUCUCAGUACCCAGGUGAACUUUAACAGAGGAUGGCGCGAUUACAGAAUUGGAUUUGGGAGUCCAGACACUGAAUACUGGAUAGGUAACGACGUGCUCCACGCCCUCACGAACGGAGCACCCCAAGUGCUCCGGGUGGACAUGACCGACUGGGACGGGGAGUCCCGGUACCAAGAGUACAGCUCCUUCCACGUCGCCGACCGAGAUCACGAGUACAGCCUCCGACUGGGGACGGGAUCCGGGACUGCUGGGAAUGCCUUCAAAGCUCAUGAUAACAUGCGCUUCUCCACUCCCGACAGAGAAAACGAUACUCACAGUUCUACUAACUGCGCAGCUUAUUACAAAAGUGGUUUCUGGUUUCACAAAUGUCACAACGUGACUCCAACGGGCCCAUUUAUGAGCAAGCAGAAAAACGUGAUGGGGAUGACAUGGGACUCGUUUCACCGUGACAGGUACACGCUGCAAAACCUCACCUUUAAAGUGAAGCCAGCUAUGUGUUAUAGAGGAUGA